CUCUCCUUCGGCCUUCCUCUCUCUGAGAAAAUCCCCUUUUGAGUCUUUGACUCGCUCCACUUCCCCGAGGGCUCUCUCUCUCUCUCUCAACUCUGUUACAUCUCUCAAAAGCCAGAUCUAUAUUAACGAGCUGCCUUCUUAUUCUCUGUAUAUUACAACGUUGUCUCUCUCUCUCUCUCUCUGUGAAAUCAAAAGCCAUGCUUCUGAGGAGCUCCUCCGCACCGAUCUUAAACUCAUCAUGGAUACCUCACACCAAGGAUUCUUCCCCAGAGUCUGAACCAGUUCUCCAUCUUUCGAGAACCAGAUCAGUUUCCUUGACAACAUCUUUUCAUCAUUUCCCCACCGAGGACUCGACCAAGAAGCUAACCCAAGCCUUGACAGAAACCGAUUUUCAAUCCCCACCGACGCUCAGAAAGAGGAAUUCCAUAUCUCGCUCCCCUAAAAAACUACCAAAAAUCACUGUCAAAGAAGGUGAAGAAGAGGAACAGGAGCUAAAGCCAAGUUUGGUGUCAUCGGUAUCUUCAGUUCAGAGGCUUUUUUCAAGCUCUGGGUUGGGUGAGAGUGUUGUGGAUAAUGAAGGGUGUGCUGUGGGGAAGAAAGAUAGCGUUAUGCAGACUCUGGUGGCGGGCGGUGGAGUUGGGAAUGAUGGUGGUCGGAUUUGUGGUGGUGGUGGUAGGCGAGGAUCAAAUGGUGGAGAUGGGGGUGAUGAUGGCUGGUCAGGGUCUUUUGAAAGCAAUAAUCAUGGAAGUGAGAACACUGAUGUUUAUUACCAGAAGAUGAUUGAAGCAAACCCAGGGAAUGCACUUUUGCUUGGAAACUAUGCAAAAUUUUUAAAGGAGGUUCGUGGAGAUCUCACUAAAGCAGAAGAGUAUUGUGGACGAGCAAUUUUGGCUAAUCCAAGCGAUGGAAAUGCUCUCUCUCUUUAUGCUGAUUUGAUAUGGAAAACCAAUAAGGAUGCUGAUCGAGCCGAGACAUAUUUUCAUCAAGCGGUUAAAACCGCCCCAGACGAUUGUUAUGUCUUGGCUUCGUAUGCUCGAUUUCUAUGGGAUGCUGAAGAAGAAGAGGAUGAGGAAGAACAGCACAAAACUGAUCACAGUCAUGCUUCUCCAACGAGUUUCUUCCAUGGAGCUUCUCACCAGUCUCAUUUAACUGCAGCUUAAUCUCAAAUCUUCAAAACUCUCUCUCCCCAGUUGGAUAAGCUCAAGUAACAUAGUAGCUAAGAAAUAACGUACCCCCCCUUUCUGUAAAUAUGGGUAAGAACUGUUUUUCUGACAAUAAGUUCUCAUUAGCUGCCCCCCAAAUAUCAGUAAAUCAGGAACCUUUUGAAUGUGUGAAAAGAGGAAAUAUGUACCUAUGGGUCAUUUGACUUUUGUGUUUGCCCAGUAUCAAGAAAAGAAAGUCAAGUCCCCUAAUUGUUAA